AUGAAGAAAGCAGAGUUGGUGUUCAUCCCCUUCCCGGGGUGGAGCCACAUUGUAAUGACCUUCGAGAUUUCCAAAUUUCUUGUGAAACAAGACGAACGACUUUCCAUUACUGUGGUCCUCACCAAAUCACCUUUUGAUUCCAAGGUUGGAACCUUAAUCGACUCACUUCAUUCUUCCUCCUCCAAGCCAGAUCGUAUUAACUUCGUCCUUCUCCCAGAAAACAACAUCUUAGGUUCAGAGAUCGAGCCGAGUAUCAUCAUGGGCAAGUUCAUGGAGUAUCAGAAACUCCAUGUCAAACAAGCUGUCACCAAACUGAUGCAAUCAAAUGGCGACUCUCCCGGCCCCGUAGCCGGAGUGGUCAUCGACAUGCUCUGCUCGCAGAUUAUGGACGUGGCCGACGAACUUGGGAUUCCUAAGUACUCAUUUUUCCCUUCGUGUGCUGGGUCUCUAGGUGUUUAUCUCCAUCUCCUAACACUCUACGACGAGCUUAACGUAGACGUCGCCAAGUUCAAGAACGACAGGGUUACCGAGUUGCACAUGCCGUGUUUCACCAAUCCGAUACCGGCCGGAGUCUUGCCCGAUGUGAUUUUGGAUAAGGCUGGCGCCGAGUUGAUUCUAGAUCAUGCUAAACGAAUCAGAGAAACCAAAGGUGUUAUCAUGAACACAUUCAUGGAGUUGGAAACUCAGACUAUCCAAACCCUAUCCUGCGACCUCCCGCCCUUGUAUCCAGUGGGACCCAUACUGAACAUGAUAUUGAGGGGUGAUAGCCUGUUGGAAUCAAAAGGGGCCCACAAGAACUCCGACAUAAUCAAUUGGCUUGACGACCAGCCCCCAUUAUCGGUGGUGUUCUUAUGCUUUGGCAGGUGGGAGAGUUUAGUAAAGAACAGCUGA